AUGGCCUCGCCCGAGGGCGGUAACCGCGCAGAAUUCAUAAAUACAAGCUCAUCCAAGAAGGGAGCCAAAGCUGGCGAAGAGGGUGAAGGAGGCAAGGCGUGGAUAUAUUGGCGGAGGCCUGAAGAGUGGGCUGCGGCAUUGGAGGAGUGGGUGGAGAGGACGGGGCAGAAGGGUACAGUGCUUACAUUGUAUGAGAUUAUUGAAGGGGAUGCGAGUCGGAGGGAGGAGUUUUAUGGAAUGGAUAUGGAAUUGCUGCAGAAGAGUUUGGGGAUUUGUGUCAAGAGAGGGAAGGCGCAGGUGUUUGGGUCUGGGGGCGAGGGCGAGGGUGUAAAGUUCUUCUAA